AUGAUACUGAUACAUCAAAUAAAAGCUCCAAAAGAUAAAGGACUUGACAAAAGAUCAAAAGAUUUAUGGACAUUAAAUGAUAGUAAUGAAGAUGGAUCAAGGGACGAAAUUGAACCAAAAAGUGUUGAAACACGUCAAGAUGAACAUGAUGUUAAAGGUAGAAAUGAUGAAGAAAAUGGUAAAACAGCUGUUGAUGGUAUGCCUGAUAUUGGUAAAACAAUAGAAAUGCAAACAACUAGAUCUAGUGUUAUAUCUGUACCAAGUGCAUCAUCAAAAUUACCAGUGAAAAGAUCACGAACAAUGUAA